CUAAUUAGCAUGUUACUCAUCAUAAACCGGGAGUCAUUAAUAUUGAUGAAGAUCAUUAACGCUGCUGCUGGAAGCGAAGCGGAGGCUUUGACUCGGUGGUGGAGCUGUUUGAAAGAAUCGUCCUCUGGUGAUCACGAGCUGCGUGUCUUCCCUUCUCGUCGCUCCAGUCACCUCCCCCCACCUCUACACCCUCAGCAUGACCCGAACCAGCAGGGCGAUGUGGAGGAGUCCCACCCCCUCCACCCCCGCCAUCAGCACCACCACCACCACCACCAUCAGCACCCCGCCAGGUUAGCUAAGGUGAAGCCGGCUGCUCUCUUGGAGUCCCGGUUUCGUCAGGAGCCCGGCGGUCAUCGAACCCUCAACCUGCUGGCACGGCCGCAUCACGAGCUGCAGCAGCCGGAGAACGCUGCUGUGUCCGCGCAGCAUCUGGUCACUGUGUACCUGGCUGUGGAUGUGAGGAGGCUGAACGUCAGUCUUCUUCGGUGGUUUCGGGAAGGUGUAGCAGCAGCGCUCGGUGUUCCUGCAGGACACGUCCACAUCAACCGGCUGAAUGAGAAGAAGAAUGGCAUCGAGCUCUUCGUGUCCUCUGAUAGGCUGGGGAUCUCAGAGCCCCGCCCUGCUGAAGAGGUCAUCCAAUCACUGAACGUCAGGGUCCUUCACCGCCACCUGGGACACUUCGGCAUCACAGAGGUCUCAACGGAGAAGAACGUCCUGCAGGGCGAGCAGAAGGAUCACGUGUGGAGCAGAGAAGGUUUUUACGCCGUCGUCCUCUUCUUCACCGUCUUCGUCAUUGUCAUCACCUGCUUGAUGGUUUUGUACCGACUUAAGGAGAAGGCUCAGGUUAGUGACAGACAGCUGAAAGCUCCGCCUCCUGGGCUCCAUCUGACCUCAACCAUCCCUCCAGACUCUGCCCAGAGGUCAAAGGGCACCAAGGUUGUGACGUCAGGAAGCAUGGUCCAAGCUGAGCUCCCUCCAGCUGUAGCCACACCCAUUCCCCAGCAACAGCCAAGUGUAGCCUGCCGCCGCCUCGCUCCGCCUGUCGUCCCUCUGCCCAGCCCCGCUGCGGUCCCUGUGGUCAGCAGCAACAACCACGCCCCCCUCGCAGGUGUUGCUCCAGUGACAACCAACAACGAGCUAAAGCCCUGCCCCUCCCCCUUCAGGAUGAAACCUGCUGCAGGAUUGCAAGAAAGACGGGGGUCUAAUGUCUCUCUGGUGUUGGACAUGUCGGCUCUGGGCUCUGUGGAGCCCCUCAGUGUUGCCGUGGUAACGCCCAGAGAGUCGGCGGCGAGAGAGUACCUGUUGUCCGCUGGCCGACCGCUGACGAGACAGCAGCUCCGAGACAUCAUCAAGAACACACACAAGCUGCACGCCGAGUUCACUGAAAUUCCUAUGAAUUUCAUUGAUCCCAAGGAACUUGACAUUCUGAACCACGGAACCAAGAACAGAUACAAGACCAUACUACCCAAUCCUCAUUCCAGAGUGAUCCUGAGGUCCAAGAGCUGCAACGACCUGCUGAGCUCCUACAUUAAUGCUAAUUACAUACGGGGUUACCUAGGUGACGAGAAGGCGUUCAUCGCCACUCAGGGUCCCAUGGUGAACACGGUGAACGACUUCUGGCAGAUGGCGUGGCAGGAGGAGUCGCCGGUCAUCGUCAUGAUCACCAAACUGAAGGAGAAGAACGAGAAGUGUGUCCUGUAUUGGCCGGAGAAGAGGGGAAUCUAUGGGAAGCUGGAAGUGUUGGUGAACAGCAUCAGAGAGUGUGAACAUUACACCACUCGCAGCCUCACACUCAAGUGUGGGAAUCAAACCCGCGAGCUGCAGCAUUACUGGUACACAUCGUGGCCUGACCACAAAACCCCAGACUCCGCAUUGCCACUGCUGCAGCUGAUGGCUGAUGUCGAGGCAGACAGACAAACAGCCGCCGCCAUGGGACCAGUGAUUGUCCAUUGCAGUGCCGGGAUUGGCCGGACUGGCUGUUUCAUUGCUACAACAAUAGGCUGUCGACAGCUGCAGUUGGAGGGAGUGGUGGACGUACUGAGCAUCACCUGCCAGCUCAGAGCCGACAGAGGUGGUAUGAUCCAGACAGGUGAGCAGUACGAGUUUGUCCAUCAUGCACUGAGCCUAUACGAGGCCCGCCUCUCAGCAGAAACCGGCCAAUGAGUGUUCAUCACCAAGAGGAGACGUCUGCUGAAACCCUGAAGUGUGCUGACACAGCGAGUCCUUACCAGGUAUGAUCUCUGAGAGUUGGGAUUUCUCUGAGUAUAGGUGAUUCUGGAUGAAGACAUUGAGUUUCAUGGACAACCAAUGGGAACUGUUGUGGGCGGAGCCUGUUGAAGGAAUGAGGAAAGGUACAUUUCUGAAAAUGGAAUGUAUCCGUUCUUCUUCUGCUGUUUUUGUUUUGUCUGCGAGCGGUUCUUCAGAGGAAGUCGAGAGACCCGCCCACUUCACUUCUCUUAACCAACUGACUCUCAGAUUGUUGUUUUUAAACUAACCAGUCCUAUUACCUCUUUCCUGUCACGGAGACGUAGAAAUAGUUUGACUAAAAGUGAUGGUAUACUGUUCAAUAACACUGUUGUGUUUCUGUGUCUUAUGGGAUUUUAAAAUUAUUUUUAAUGUGGUGUUCUUAUACGAAAGGCUAUUGGAAAAUGACUGUUAGCUGGUUGCACUUUUGGUUAAGCUACUAUACCACUACUAAACCAACCCUUCAACCGUGUCCCUGUUUGUGACUUCAGCACGCCGUGGGUUACUCUGUAAUUUGGACACAUUGCUGUCCCAACACUACUGACCUUAUCAGAAGAGUUGAAAAAAAUGUAUUUAUUUUUAUUCAGUCAGUUUAACAGGACAACUUACAAACACAGACAAAAACCAACAGUAACUAAUAAUAAUAAUAACGAAAAUAAACACAUUAGGGUGCUUUUAAUCCAUUAUGCCUUCACCAAGCGGUGACCAUCUUUCCAUAAACGUUUCUGUUUCCAGUCGAAGCCUUGCUGCUGUGAUCUUCACCACAACGUUCACCGUCUUAACCCUUUCUCUGUGCUGUUCAGUGCUUAGGGAUUGAGGCAUACCAAAAAAUAAAAAGUGCUGGAUUCAUAUUAAAAUCCAGCUGAGUAAUUUAUCAAACAUGCAUUUUUCCUGUUUAUAUAUAUGUUAACACUACACUACUAUGUGCUAUUUUUUAAACCAGUGUUGAUCAGGUGAGCCAGUGCUGUGAUCAAAACAGUGACAGUUUUUGCCCAAUUAAAAAAAAAACAACUUAUCUUUUUCCCCUACAGUCUUCACCGCUCUGCUAAUUUUUUUACUGGAGGUACAUUAUGUCUGUGGCCUGGUAACUUACAGAGUGCCAAGGCCACAAAUGGAACUACCUCCAGCCAUAUAACACAUGCUAAAAGCUAACAAUGUAAUGAUGAUUAAACUCCUGCUAAAUCCUGUACAACAGCAAUCCCACAGAGGCUCAUUCUAGCGUUAGAUGAUGAUGUUAAUACGCAUGUUACACUAAUAAAUGGACAUUAACCUAUUAGCUCAUGGUAUUACUAGCACGCUAUGCUAAUGUAAUUAUUUCAUUAAGCCGAUUAAAUCUAGUUUUCUGCUGUUUAAACCAUGCUUGUAAAAUAUUAACACUUUAAUGUUGCAAUAUUUUUUUUGCACUACUCAACAGUUAAAACCCCCAUGAGGAUCUGACAGUACAGGAACACUGAUAGAGAUCCAGGUAUCUUACCAUAUGGAUGCAAUGUGCCGUCAUGUUAAAAUUAUAGAAAUACCACAAGCUAGCUAAAUAAUCACGUGGCACUUUUGAAAUCGAAGAACAGUUUGCUGAGUCGGUCCUGACACAACACAGGUUUAGAAGAACUUGUUCUGCUUGUUCUCAGAGUUUACACUCAGCACUUAACCUUGUUUCUUGCAUUGACAAUUCCCUUGUUGUGUGAAAUAUUACUUUAUACCAAAAAUGUGAAACAAUUUAAGUCACAAUGGUGCAAUCGUUUCAUGGAUGUGAUGUUGUAAAUUAUGUUAUCUAGUGAGUGAGUUAUUUUGGUGUAUCAGAGUAAUAAUAACUUUAUUUUUAUACUGUUUUUACAUGUUUUUGAUGUGUUUAGCAGCUAUCAGCCAUUUGUCGACUCGCAUGAACGCUCUUUAUCUGGGGCACAAACCUCAUCUCUGAAUUAUCAGUUUAACAGGAGCUGGAAGGAAAUAACAGCUGACUCUUUUAUCACAGCAGCAAAGUUGAAAUUUGAACAAGUCAAACCUCACCCCUGUUUAAACUGUGUUUAAACAUUAACAUUGCAUUGAAAAAUGUCCAAAUAGAAACCAGAAAAGCUCACUUAUCUGGACCAUCUGAGUCAUUGGCACAUGAGACAAAAUGUCAUUAAAUGAGUAAAAUUCAGUUUUUCAUACGUCCCAUAUAAUUAUAUAUUUUAGAAUAAAAUUUGAAGCAAAAAUAAAAGUGCUGAGGUGGUUUUGCCAGUUCCUGGGGUGUUGACUUGUUUUAGAGAUUUGAGGUUUCUACAGUAAUGCCAUUAAUGGACAACAUUAACAUAAACAUAUAAUCUGCUCUCUGUGUGAAUGGGAUAACAUUGUACAGUACACGUUAAAGUGCUAUUAAAACCGAUGUGGGCAGUUACAUUUCAGUCCUCGGAUCACAAACAUGGAGAUCUUGCUGCUAAAACUGGGAGCGUCGGGACCAGACAGCUGAUGGACAGUAAAUGAGUGAAACUUUGAAGACUCUUCUUUUUCUAUGUACCAAUAUAUUUUUAUUUAUAUCUUUACUUGUGAUACAAUCAAGAGACUUUGGACCUGCGUCUGUUUGUCUACACGUCCAACAUGCCUCCUGGGAUCAUCAUCAACCCACUUUUCACUGGAGUCAAUUCAAAUCGGAUCAAUUUCAAAACUGAAAAUGGUUAAAAAUCUGACAUAUGACAGUGUGAUAGUGAUGUAAUGUUUAGUUUGAACUGGCUGAAGUGAAAGGGAGUUGAGCCCUGCCUCCAUUCCCACUGCAGCAGUGGGUACAACAACACACACUGCCUCUGACGUAGUAUUGUGUAUGUACAGUAGGUGGCGGUUGAUGUCCUGUACUUUAAUGUUGUUGACUGACUGAUGGGGAUUAAAGGGACACUAAACAUUUUUAAUUUUAUACAGUUGUCCUGCUGUUGUCGCACUGUAGAGGAAAGUCUGUAUGCACUUUAUUUUGGAGGUCCUUACAGUUUCCUGUCCAGGAAACUGAGACACGUGGAAAGUAUGAAAAAUCUGAUCUGCAACUAAUGAUUAUUUUCAUUAUCGAUUAAUCUGCUAAUCUAUCUUUUGAUUACUCAUAGAAAAUUUCUCUGCUGUUUGCUGAGGUGGCGUCUUCAACCAAACCCCCCCCACCCAAGAUCCCAAAUAUUCAGUUUGCAAUGAUAAAGGACAGAGAAGAGUAGCAGGUGGCUUGGUAAUAACAGGAUGUAACAGCACUUGAUAAAUACUGUUAUUGAGAAAUAUCUUUUCUUCUGAACAGGACUUUGUGCACGUGCAGUGGAGGUAAUCCAUCCAUACUAUUAGAACUUUAUUUCAAACCUUUUAAAGAUACCAAAUAUGUCACUAAACUUUUAACUCAAGAAAUAGAGCAGUUCAUCUCACUAAUUAGCUAUGACACUCAUGGUAAUGCAAACAUGGCGUUUAGUUGGUCAGACAGCAUCUGUUAGAGAGACAGUUUGAUGUGUUUUAACCUUGAAAAACAAAACUGCCACAUUAAAAUUAAAAAUGUUAGAGUCCCUUUAAACUUCCACUGUGGACAUUACAGCUCAGUCAGAGUUCACCUGAUGCUAAUUAGUGUACGUACAGUACAUGUUUUUUUUAAUGUAUUACUAAUCAACUUGAAUGUUGUAACAUUAACCACUGCGUAGUGCUGUAACCUCUUUAUCUACUCUACAUAUAUACUGUUACCUGUAAUCUGUACGUAAAGACUCUGGACAUAAAAACAGUGGAGCUCUGACUCUUGUCUGGGACUGACUGUCUCGAACCCAGGACCCAGGA